ACCUGUGGAARCUCUCCAGCGAUCCAAACGAGUCAGUAAUCUUCACCCAUCAAACAAAAUGGCGUCCGUUUUGCGAAGGUUUAGACAUUUUAACACCAUAAUAUGUCGUUCCCGUCGAUAUUCUGUAUCCACAAGGACAGAUGAUUUCUAUGAUAUUGUUAUUGUGGGAGGAGGAAUGGUUGGUGGUAGUUUGGCGUGUGCACUGGGAUUAGAAAGUAGUCUUGCAGAACAUAAAGUGUUACUUCUAGAAGCUGCCCCUAAAAAAGACUUUUGUCUUCCAAACAAUUAUGAAAACCGUGUCAGCUCDAUUACACCAGGCUCUAGGGACCUGCUAGAAAGAAUAGGUGCUUGGGAUCACAUCUCAGAUAUGAGAAUGAAACCAUACAAAAGAAUGCAGGUGUGGGAUGCUUGUGGUGAUGGCCAUAUAGCCUUUGACACAGCCCAUGAUGUUAGCAGUAAGAUGGAUAUGGCKUACAUUGUAGAAAACUCUGUUAUCACACAAGCCUUGAAUAUACAAUUACAAAAAUUACAGCAAAAUAUUGAAGUAUUACACAAUGCAAGAAUCAAAAAUAUCAGUAUACCUGAUCCUGUUUGGAAUGUGGAUGAACCAAACUAUAAUCCUUGGGUUGGAGUACAAAUGAAUGAUGGAAGGACAAUCAAAACUAGAUUACUGAUUGGGGCUGAUGGUGUCAAGUCCACAGUGAGAGGUGCCAUGGAUACAGAGUAUUUGUCAUGGARCUACCAACAAUUUGGAGUUGUAGCAACACUUGAGUUGGCAGAGAUAACUGAAAAUCUAGUAGCUUGGCAGAAGUUCUUACCAACUGGACCAAUGGCAUUGCUCCCACUAUCAGAAGACAUGAGUUCUUUGGUAUGGACCACUACACCUGAACAUGCAAAAACCCUUGUUAACCUUCCUGAAGAUUCAUUUGUUGAUGCAGUCAAUAAUGGUUUUUGGGAGGAUCUAAAGCGAAAUAGUCUUGUGGAAAGUGCAUCAAACAUUGGACAUUUAUUAUCUUCAUUAUUACAGCCAACAGGUAAGAUGGCAUUGAUAGGAGAUGCAGCACAUCGUAUCCAUCCUCUAGCGGGUCAAGGGGUCAAUCUUGGAUUUGGUGAUGUCAUUAGUUUGCUUGAUAAAAUAUUGCAGUCAGUGGAGAAUGGACAAGACCUAGGCGAUGUUACUAAUCUGUUGGAGUAUGAGACCGAGAGACAAAGAGCUGUAGUACCAAUGAUGAUAGCCACUGACUUGUUAAACAGACUGUUUUCAACAUCAAGUGUCCUUCCUACAGCAGYAAGGACAGCAGGACUACUUGCAGUUAAUGCAGCGAUUCCAGUCAAGGAUCAAAUCAUAUCCUUUGCCAGAAGAUAGCCAAACCAAAAUUAAGAUUCCAAGGGCAUUUGAACUGAGCAAAAAAUAAAUCCAAAAAGAUGAUGAUUUACCUCUUCCAGUAUCAACACCAGAACAUCUUAUAGUUUGAGAACUGUUUAUUUUAUGUGAAUUGAUAAAAAUAAAGUGACAUUUUUGAGCA